CUAAGGGUGAAGCCAGACGGGCGUAAUUUUAUAAGUUGUGAGUCGCAGAAUUUCGGCCGCGUAAAUUACGCCCAACCGAAUUUCGGUUGAGCUGCCAGAUGGACGUAAUUUAUUCAGUCGCUAUCGAGUGUUGAUACGGGGUGUUUGUGUCAUCAAGUGCGAUGGAUCCAUUGAAAAUAUUGUGUAUUUACGAAGCAUAUUCAGAAGAUACUGAAGAUGAUGCCAGAAAAAGAAGCUGGGUAAACCCACUCAAUAGUGAGAGGCUGAUAUGUGGACAGUUCCAUACAUUAUAUGAACGUGUAUGUGCAAAUCCAGAUAUGUUUAAAAACUACUACCAUAUGCCAUUACAUGUUUUUCAAGAAUUAUUACAUCACGUAAAACCUUUUAUUACUAAAUCGGACACAAAUAUGAGACUAGCCAUCAGCCCAGAGGAAAGAUUAAUAAUAACACUCAAGUAUCUUGCCAAAGGUAUUGAUUUAAAUACAAUAAGUGAAGACUUCUUGAUUGGGCGUUCUACUGCGUAUGAUAUCGUCAAACAUACCUGUAUACAAAUAUGGAAUGUACUUCAGCCUAAUGAAAUGCCAGAACCGAAUGAAUCUAUUUGGAAUUCGAACUCCGAGCUUUUUUAUAAGAAAACUAAUUUUCCAAAUUGCGUUGGGGCAAUAGAUGGUAAACACGUCAGAAUAAAAUCACCUUCACACAGUGGUUCGAAUUAUUAUAAUUAUAAGAAAUACUUCUCCAUCGUGUUAAUGGCUGUGGCAGAUGCAAACUGUUGUUUUACAACGAUUAAUGUUGGUGAUUAUGGAAAAGAAUCCGAUAACUCUAUAUUCAGAAAGUCUACAUUAGGUCAAAAGUUUUUCAGAAAUGAUUUAAAUUUACCGGAAGACAAAAAUUUGCCCAAUUACACAAACGAACCCCAACCUUUUGUUUUUGUUGGAGAUGAGGCGUUUGGUUUACACAGAAAUAUGAUGCGCCCAUAUCCUAACAGAAACCUAGAUAGAAACAAACGUAUUUUUAAUUAUCGUCUUAGUAGAGCGCGACGAUGUGUAGAAUGUGCUUUUGGCAUAUUAACAAAUAAAUGGAGGGUACUUCACUCUUCAAUGCAAGUCAACCCUGACUUUGCCAUUGAUAUAGUUAAAGCUACAUUCGUUUUGCACAAUUUCGUGCGAAGGAGAGUUGGGGCUAAGUUUGACGAUGAGUUUUUGAAAUGUCCUUUACAAUGUAUUCAACAAAUUUCAAAUGGAAGAAGGUCGUCGAGUUCUGCUAUAGUCACCAGAGAUUUUUUUAAAAAUUACUUUGUUUGUGAAGUAGGAGCGUUACCCUGGCAAAAUCGAAUCAAUUCUGUAUUCUGAUCUUUUACAAUAAAUUACUUAUUGGUAAUUUUAAUAUAGGAUACAGCAUAUAGAUACAGCCGGUAUAGAUAUAAUACAGGUGUUACAAAAAUCACUGAAAAGGUGAGACACGUAAACAAUAGUUUCAUACAAAGAACUCGAUGGCAUAGUCAGAAUUUACCAAAUCACGAAAAAAAAUUUGACUCUCCAUACAAAAUGCGAUUAGCACUGGGACAUUUUGUAUGGGGAGGUAAAUUGACCAUGCCAUCGAGUUCUGUGUAUGAAACUAUUGUGUACGUGUCUCACCAUUUCAAUGAUUUUUAUAACACCCUGUAUAUUAAUAAUAUUUUAAUGUUAAUAAAAAUAUUUUGUACGUGUCUCACCAUUUCAGUGAUUUUUAAAGCAGCCUGUAUAUCAAUAACAUUUUAAUGUUAAUAAAAAUAUGGUAAAAAUA